AGAACCUGGUGCCUGCCCCAGCCCUAGCCCUGGGGAAAUGAAAGCCAGGCUGGGGUUCGAAUGAGAGCAGUUUCCCUUCCUGUGGGUUGCGGAUGAGACAACCCCAUGACAAGAAGGACCCAGCCUCUGAGCGGCCACACCCUGUGUGUCUCUCUGUCCUACUGGCACUGAGGGCUCAUCCAUCCACACAGCUGGGGCCCCUGGGAGGAGACGCCAUGACCCCCACCCUCACGGCCCUGCUCUGCCUCGGGCUGAGUCUGGGCCCCAGGACCCGGGUGCAGGCAGGGCCCCUCCCCAAACCCGCUCUCUGGGCUGAGCCAGGCUCUGUGAUCAGCUGGGGGAGCUCCGUGACCAUCUGGUGUCAGGGGACCCUGGAGGCCCAGGGGUACCAUCUCAAUAAAGAGGGAAGCCCAGCAUCCUGGGACACACAGAACCCACUGGAACCCAGGAACAAGGCCAAGUUCUCCAUCCCAUCCAUGACAGAGCACCAGGCAGGGAGAUACCGCUGUUACUAUCACAGCCCUGCAGGCUGGUCAGAGCGCAGCAACCCCCUGGAGCUGGUGGUGACAGGAUUCUAUGCAAAACCCACCCUCUCAGCCCUGCCAAGUCCUCUUGUGACCUCAGGAAAGAGUGUGACCCUGCUGUGUCAGUCGCGGAGCCCGAUGGACACUUUCCUUCUGAUCAAGGAGGGGGCAGCCCAUCCCCUACUGCGUCUGAGAUCAGAGCACCAAGCUCAGCAGCACCAGGCUGAAUUCCCCAUGAGUCCUGUGACCUCAGUGCACGGGGGGACCUACAGGUGCUUCAGCUCACACAGCUUCUCCCACUACCUGCUGUCAUACCCCAGUGACCCCCUGGAGCUCAUAGUCUCAGGAUCCUUGGAGGGUCCCAGCCCCUCACCCACAAGGUCCAUCUCAACAGCUGCAGGCCCUGAGGACAAGCCCCUCAUGCCUACAGGGUCAGGCCCCCACAGUGGUCUGAGAAGGCACUGGGAGGUACUGAUCGGGGUCUUGGUGGUCUCCAUCCUGCUUCUCUCCCUCCUCCUCUUCCUCCUCCUCCAACACUGGCGUCAGGGCAAACACAAGACAUCGGCACAGAGACAGGCUGAUUUCCAACGUCCUCCAGGGGCUGCAGAGCCAGAGCCCAAGGACGGGGGCCUACAGAAGAGGUCCAGCCCAGCUGCUGACCUCCAGGGAGAAAACCUCUCAGAUGCUACCAUGAAGGACACACAGUCUGAGGACCAGGUGGAGCUGGACACUCAGAGCCCACACGAUGAAGACCAGGCAGUGACGUAUGCCCCGGUGAAACACUCCAGACCUAGGAAAGAAAUGGCCUCCCCUCCCUCCCCACUGUCUGGGGAAUUCCUGGACACAAAGGACACACAGGCAGAAGAGGACAGGCAGAUGGACACUCAGGCUGCUGCAUCUGCAGCCCCCCAGGAUGUGAUCUACGCCCAGCUGCACAGCUUGACCCUCAGACAGAAGGCAACUGAGCCUCCUCCAUCCCAGGAACGGGAACCUCCAGCUGAGCCCAGUGUCUACGCCACUCUGGCCAUCCACUAAUCCAGGGGGGACCCAGACCCCACAAACCAUGGAGACUGAAGACCCCAGAAGGCAUGGAAGCUGCCUCCAGUAGACAUCAUUGAACCCCAGCCAGCCUAGA